UCCAUGAACACCAAAUGAUAUAAAGUAUAUCUCUUGAUCUUCUCAGUCUCUGUACGUGUGUCUGUCUAUAUCUAUAUGAUUUAUAUAUAUAACCUCAGGAAAACUGUCUAGAAUAGUAUAAUGGAGCUCAAGUCUAGAAUCACCACUAUCCUGUUUCUCUUUCUCCUGAUCACCGUGCCUUACGUUUCAAGAGGGGACUCUAAUGAGUUGGAUCCGGAGGUGUACGAGAUUGAUUAUAGAGGUCCGGAGACCCAUUCAUCAGUUAAUCCUCCGCAUGAUCGCUCUCAUGGAAAAUCACCUUUGAUUCAUAGAAAACGUGUUCUUAAACCUCCCAAAUCCAAGGGCUUAAGGGUGGCUGAUAUGGGAGGAGAAGCCAAGAAAACUCGUGGAUAGCAAGUGUCGGAUCGUAGUUUUUAUAUCAAAUUUGGAACAGUUCACUUCACUUCAUCUGUUACAGAUAUUAGAAAUACAUAGGGAAUCAUGAGGAAUGUAACAUAUAUUGACAAUAUUCUAUUAUGUUUAUUUAUAUAUCUAGGGAUUUGUUUAAAUUAGAGUUGUGUAUUUUUUUUUU